AUGUCGUCCUCAUCAUCCGAUGGAGUAGAUGAAGUUUUUGAAGAAUAUUUUGACGAAGAAUUUGAUAAUAUCCUCAACUCCCUACUUGAUGAACAAGCCACCAACCCAAAGAAACGGAAUUAUAUCGAAAGAGAUCGGGAACAAGGCCACAUUCAACUAUGGAACGACUAUUUUGACGAAAAUCCUACUUACACAACGGACAUGUUUAGGCGGCGUUUUAGAAUGAACAAACCAUUGUUCCUUCGCAUUGUCGAGCGGCUAACUACAGGUGUUCCGUACUUUCAGCACCGAGUAAAUGCUCACGGAAGGAAGGGGCUCUCACCACUUCAAAAAUGUACGGCAGCUAUACGUAUGCUCGCAUAUGGUCAAUCGGGAGAUACGUAUGACGAAUAUCUCCGACUCGGUGAAAGUACUGCUCUUUUAUGUUUGGAACAUUUUACUAAUGGGAUAAUACACUUUUUUGGUGAUGAGUAUCUAAGAAUACCUACGGCAGAAGAUCUUCAACGAUUACUCGAUAUUGGAGAGGCACGCGGGUUUCCCGGGAUGAUUGGCAGCAUUGGGAGUGGAAAAACUGCCCAACGGCUUGGAGAGGGCAGUACCCUUAACGAUAUCAAUGUUCUUGAUCGGUCUCCUGUUUUUGAUGACAUUAUAAAAGGUCGAGCACCUAAAGUUAAAUUCCAGGUCAACAACCACACUUACCGUAUGGUCGACAUUUAUCCAAUCUAUCUCACUUCCUCAAGAAAAGAUGUCGAACGAGCUUUUGGGGUAUUGCAAGCGAGGUUUGCAAUAGUCAAAAACCCAGGCCGACUAUGGGACAAGGAAACGUUAGGGAAGAUUAUGAGAUGUUGUAUCAUAUUGCACAAUAUGAUUGUGGAGAACGAACGAGGCAAAUACAGUCUAACUGAUACUUCUCAGUUCGAGUCAGGAGAGUCGAGCAGAGGUUCGAAGGUCACAAGGCGAGAAAGUUUGCAUUCCACUAACAUGCUAGGCAUGCGCAAUGAAGUUCGAGAUUCAGGAAAACAUGAACGUUUGAAAGCUGAUUUAGUUGAAAAUGUAUGGCAAACAUUUGGAAACGAUCAAUAA